AUUCCGCGUAUAAAUAUGAUGUGAGGCAACCUCUACCAGAAUAUCAUUCUUUCAUCUCUGUCCCUCCUUUUUCCCUUCCUGGUUCUACAAACUUUAUUUGUUUCUCAACAUAUGGAGUAUCGUCUGCUACCUAUUUUUGCUUUCCUCAACCUUGCACUGGUGGCAACUCAUGCUGCCUUACCUCCUGAAGUUUACUGGAAGUCGGUGCUUCCUACUACGCCAAUGCCAAAAGCCAUCACUGAUAUUCUUUACCCCGAUUUUGUGGAAGAGAAAAGCACGUCAGUGAGCGUUGGAAAGGGAUCAGGCGUAAACGUGCAUGCAGGAAAAGGAGGUGGCACCAAUGUGAACGUUGGUGGAAAAGGUGGUGGAGUUUCAGUGAGUACAGGCCACAAGAAGGGAAAACCCGUGUACGUUUCCGUUGGUCCAAAAUCUCCAUUUAAUUACAUAUAUGCUGCCACUGAAACCCAAUUACACGAUGACCCCAACGUGGCACUUUUCUUCUUGGAAAAGGACUUGCACCCCGGAACAAAACUCAACUUGCACUUCACCAAGACUUCAAACCAAGCCACGUUCUUGCCACGCCAAGUUGCUGAUUCCACACCCUUUUCAUCCGACAAAGUGGACGAUAUACUCAACAGGUUUAACGUCAAACCCGACUCGAAGGAGGCUCAGAUCAUGAAGAACACUAUUAGUGAAUGUGAAGAGGGUGGCAUCAAGGGCGAGGAAAAGUAUUGCGCCACCUCACUUGAGUCCAUGGUUGAUUUCAGCACUUCCAAGCUUGGAAAAAACGUUGAGGUUGUGUCCACUGAAGUGGACAAAGAAACGGGGUUGCAGAAAUACACUAUAGCACCGGGAGUUAAGAAGUUGGCAGGGGACAAAGCUGUUGUGUGUCACAAGCAGAAUUACCCUUAUGCUGUUUUCUACUGUCACAAAACUGAGACCACAAAAGCUUACUCUGUGCCUUUGGAGGGUGCAAAUGGGAUCAGAGUUAAAGCUGUAGCAGUGUGCCACACUGACACGUCACAAUGGAACCCUAAACAUUUGGCCUUUCAGGUGCUCAAAGUUAAGCCAGGAACUGUUCCUGUUUGCCACUUCCUUCCUGAGGAUCAUGUUGUUUGGGUUUCCAAGUAGAUUUGCAUGCAAGUCCUUUUGUUAUGUGCUUGAAUAACUAGUUUCAUUCUGCAUGUAUUUGUAUUAUGCAGUUAUCUAGACAUUUAUACCGUUUUUAUUUACAUGCAUUAUAUGGCUUCCUAUGUAUAAACUAUGAUGCAUUAUAUGUGGUUGUAUACUAUAUCGAUAUAGAUGUACCUUACGUAGUAAUUGUGGCUUGAA